UCCCCUCCCAACAGCUCUAUAAAAAGGGUCUGUCAAAGGAACCCCACAGGCUGCUGCCUAUCAGCACAGACAAGAAAGAAAACUUAGACAGUGAGAGAGAAGCAGGGACCAGAGAGGAAGUGCCAGCAUGGCUUCUGCUUUCAGACUUCAGUGCCACUGCAUCCUGAUCUUCUUGGCUGCCCUCAAGGGGGAAACCAGAUACCUAGAGGCGAGGGGUGCUGGUGAGGACGAGCCCUUUCUGCUCCUCAGCGCAGACCUGAAGCGGGAAUUGGCAGGCAGGCAGCUCUACCAUCGGGCGCUCAGGUGCAUCGACAUGCUGAGCGUGGAGGGGCAGUUCACCUUCACCGCCGCGCAGCCCCAGCUGCACUGUGCCGCUUUCUUCAUAGGAGACCCCGAGGAGCUCAUCACACUAGACUACGACUUCGUCAAUAUUGACUGCCAAGGGGGAGAUUUCCUGAAGAUAUUUGAUGGCUGGAUACUCAAAGGUGAGAAGUUUCCUAGUUCUUUGGACCAUCCUCUCCCUACUUCAGAAAGAUACAUAGAUUUUUGCGAAAGCGGCAACAUCCGAAGGAGCUUCAGGUCAUCCCAGAAUGUGGCGAUGAUCUUCUUCAGGGUUCAUGAACCUGGGAAUGGAUUUACGUUUACAAUAAAGAAAAAUGCCAACCUCUUCCCUUGCAAUGUCAUCUCUCAGACCCCUACUGGAAGGUUUACCAUGGUAAUUCCUCAUCAGCACAGAAACUGCAGUUUUUCCAUAAUCUAUCCAGUGGUGAUAAAAAUAUCUGACCUUAUACUGGGACAUUUAAAUAGCCUCCAUUUAAAGAAACCAUCAACAGGCUGUGCAGGAGUGGGAGAUUUUGUGGAGCUGUUGGGUGGAACUGGAUUAGACCCCUCCAAGAUGUUCCCUCUAGCUGAUCUGUGCCAAUCCUUUCAUGGUUCUGCGCAAAUGAAGAUUGGCUGUGACAAUACUGUACUACGAAUGGUAUCCAGUGGCAAGCAUAUUAAUCGUGUGUCAUUUGAGUAUCACCAGCUUGACCAAUAUGAAUUGGAAAACAGAAAGGAGAAUAGCAUUGAGGAGUUCUGCUUCCCUGGUAUUUGAGAAACCAUUCAAAGCAUUUUCACGCUGCUAGCAAAAAUAUGGUCUUGGUUGAUAAAAAAAAUGUACUUUUAAUUUUAACUAACUAGUAUUAUCAAACUUUCUACGGCAUAAGCAUCCUUAUCUUUUUCAUAUUAAACAGCUGUUCCCAUGACCAAUCAGGAAAAAUUACCUAACGGGUUAAUCUUUCUAUUUAUCAUCAUACUUUUUUUGUGUGCAAUAUUUGGGUUCCUUUAUUGUAUCCAAAAUUAAUAAAGAGAACAGAAGACUAUGUUCCCAAUAUACUUAUUAUUUCAAAAGGUCAGAGGCGAAAAUCCUCUGUGUAGCUAGUUUGAGCGCGCAUAAAAACUACAAAUUAAUAUCAAAUUCAAUUAGCAACUUUAUCUUUUUAUAUCAGAUGCACGCAC